GAUAUGUUAUUCCUUUUGCCUCCGGAAGCUAAACAAUGAUGGCUACAAUGAUGCUGAACCACCGCUGCCUGUGACUUAAAUUGUAGUCCUUUGCGCUCAUAUGUCAACAGCACCUCAGUAAAACAACCCCAAGUCCAAAUAGUGCACGUGAACCAACACGGCCCCGUCCUUCUCUGUCCACCCUGGCGUUCACGUCUUGAUGGCAUUUCCCGAUAACCGGUAUCUACCAAAGCAUGAAUGUCAGUUCGUGCAUCAGGUCAAGGAUGAGCUGCAAACUUACCAACAGAAGAGCAGCCGCAACAGUGUGCUGCUGUUCCCCCCUCUACCCAGCAGACUGCGAUACCUGAUCCACACGACCAUAGAGGACUGGCCAGAAUUCACCACCUUCUCAGUCGGGGAGAGCUGGUGCCGUAGGGUGGUCGUCUGCCAUUCUGAGCUCAGGGGUGACGUAGAGGAAGACGGUGAAUUGGAGAGCAACAACAGCUUGUGUGAAGAGCUCCUAAGAAGUAGAAGUAGGGAAGAGGUGGAGGGCAAUGCCAAGCCUAAAUCUUUGAUCCCAUCGCGAAACCGAGGACCCAAGAGGCCUGACAAACCCCUUUACCUGCCACGAGCUGCCCGGGAGAGACUGUCCUUACAAAACUCAAAAGGACCCUCGGCAGACCAAGUGUCAUCCGGUCCAGCCUCAAGUAACUGUAGCUGCAUCAGCAGUUCAUCUGACUCGUGUUCCUGUCCUGAAACUACGGAGAACUCUAAGUCCUUAUCCACAUCCAGACAGGAAACUCUCCCCAGUGUAGCGGACGGUAUCCUCAGCCAUGUUGCUGACAGUUCAGCACUUUGUCCUCAGGUGCUGAUGCUUCAGGAAGCUGAGCCUGUAGUCUGGGACGAGACUGUGUCCUGCUUUGCUAACAUAACUCUGGAGGAUGAGGAGAAGGACAAGGAAGACCUUGCUAGUGUGCCAUGCAGUGAUGUAACUGAAGAGAUCAAGGCACAUCUGAAAGAGACAAUGGCUGUUUCUAUUGAGCAUGUUCACAAUGACUACUCCAUAUAUAUGAACAUGUGUAUCACUAUCGACCCGGAUGACUUUCGCCACGUGAUCGAGAUCUAUGACUUCCCAGCUAUAUUCAGAACAGAGGACCUCCUGGAUGCUUUCACAGAGUACAGUGAUGGCGGAAUGAAAAUCAAGUGGAUAGACAACACACAUGCCCUGGGGGUUUUCUCCAGUGAGCCGGCAGCACUCCAUGCCCUCUCCAUCUGCCAUCCGAUGCUGAAGACAAGAUCCCUAGCUGAAGGGAGUAAAAAGGCCAAAGCCAAAGCCAUGAGAUGGGCAGAGUUCCUCCAGCCAGUGAAGGAGCGUCCCAGGACAGACUGUGCUGUAGCCCAGCGGAUGGUGACCAGAGCCUUGGGGCUGCAGGGACGAGGGAGAGUGCAGCGAUUUUGAAGGGAAUUGCUAACUCUGUUGGCUAAUGCAGAAAGAUCCAGCAGAGCUCUGCCUCCGUUCACUGGCCCUCUGUAGAAGCUCCACAGUGGCCACAAACAGCUAGCUGAUUAUUAAGAGCACGACUACCUUCCAAGACAGUUUGCCUGCUUCUCUGAUUGGUGCAGCAGGUUUGCAUGGUGAAGGAGGAGACUCUUCAGAGUUGACUGCCACACAUCAGCAACAUCCACCCCUGCUGAAAUGUCCUUGAGCAAGACAGUGAAUCACCACCAGCCUCAAAGUGUCUGUUCUGUUGCUGAACCUCACCCUGUUGGACAUUAUUGUUGAAAGUCCGAUGCAAGCGGUGAUUUAAAAUAGAAAAGGCACUGGGGGGAAAAAAGCUCUUUGCUUGUUCUGAUUUGAUUGCAUGUUGCCUUGAAAGUGCGUUUCAAGGGUGUUAAAAUUCCAGGCAAGGCGUUUCUUUCCUCCUUGCUCAGGUGUUGCAGGAUUGAUUGCAUCACUCUGUGUAAGUAGUCAUUCUUUUUAACGUUGAAAUCCGUCAGAUUAUUUCUCAGGAUUUGGUCAAAAUUAUUACCUUGUGCGCUGUAGUCACAGGUAGAUUUAUAAUAUGGAAUGCACAAUUCCAGCUGACAAAUAUAAUGUAGAUCCAUUAACAGAAUCUGACCUGUUAAAAUGAUAACACUAAGUAUGGUUUUCAGGUGCCAGCGUUCCAGUUAAGAGACACAGUUGUAAAGGAAAAAACUUACUUGACAAGAUUUUGUAAUUUUUUAGUUCAUUUAAAAAGUAUUAUAAGCGAGUUAUAAUAUGUUCAGUUUUUGAUAUUUAUUUGUUUCCUCUAGAUAACAAAAUCUACCUUAGGAUUGUUAACGCAGAGGCAGUGUUCAAUUUCUUUCUCAUUCCACAUGAAAGAAAACUGAGUUUGUGUUUCAGAGACUUGUUAUAUGCUGGGCUCUUUACCUGUUACUGAAAAGUCAGUUUUGUAUCAUUUUGUCAUUGAUUUAACAUGAAUCUUACCUGGUGUAUGAGUUUUGUAUUCAGUAAAAGAUGCUGAGAGUAUUUUAUUGUCAAAUUGAAAUGGGACGUUAACCUGAAAUGAUCUUUUGUGCCUGAGGGAAAAGAAGACUUGAUGGUAGCAUUAAAUGCUGCACAAUCCCAUGGAAAUAUGAAAACUGUACAUGGUAAUUAAGUUGAUUCAUUUUGUUAAAGAUGUUUCAAUGUUUUAUGUAAAUGUUAUAUAAACAUACAGUGCUGCCAAGAUGUGGACAGUAGAUAGUAACAGUGUUAAAUGUUAAUUAUCUUAACCAUGUUAAAUUUCUGACUCUAACCUUAAAUAUCUGGUGAAAAGUAUAAAACACAUUUAUUAUUUGAUUGCAAAUUCUGUGGAAUCAAAUAAGUUCAAACCCCCAUGA